UUUUAAACAAACUGUAGUGGCAACUGCUGGAACUGCAUGUGGGCGUGUCAAUUGCUGACAAAAGUCGAAUAGUCGAGCGGAGGCAGCAGCAGCAUUAAAAUUCGGUAGCUCGGCAAGCUCAAGUGACCAGGCGCAGCAGCUGCUCCGACUGCGGCGGUGGCAGCGGCGGCGGCGGCGUCGCUACGAAGAAAUGACAACAACAUUGGGAUGGCCGAUGCCGUUGCCAACGUUAGCGCUGGCAGCAACGUCAACAACACCAAUGCCAGCAACAACAACAACAACAGCAGCAGCAGCAGCAGAUGAAGCAGCAGCAACAACAACGUUUAUGCCUGUCGAUGCCAUUGCCGCUGCGAAAAUGUUUUCGGAUGCGGAUGUGGCGGAAGUGCGGCACGUUGUGCAACGCAUUUUGGUGCCGUGCAUUUUUGUUAUUGGACUAUUGGGAAAUUCAGUGAGCAUUUAUGUUUUGACGCGGAAGCGCAUGAGGUGCACCACAAACAUUUAUCUAACGGCUCUGGCAAUUACGGACAUUGCGUACCUGACCUUUGUAUUAAUUUUAUCACUCGUCCACUAUGAAUAUAUCAAAUACCAUUGCGAGCUAUAUUGGCAGCUCUAUGGCUUUAUACUUUGGCUCUGCGAUGCUUGCGCGUACAUCUCAAUUUACAUAGCCGUUUGCUUUACUAUCGAGCGAUUUAUAGCGAUACGCUAUCCGCUCAAAAGACAAACAUUCUGCACGGAGUCGCUGGCCAAGAAGGUAAUAGCAGGCGUUGCACUUUUCUGUUUGCUGACCACGCUCACAACAGCGCUGGAGCACACAUAUGACAUCGAUUGGAAAUUGAUUGAUGGCUCAUAUAGGCCCUGCAAUCUGACGCUGGCAAAUGUGUCGCCGCCAACGCCAGCCACGCCCACAAGCACGCCCUGGACAGCAGCAGGCGACAGUCGAAGCUAUUUGGAUUCAUACGAGUUGGGCAGCGGCAGCGGCAGCGAAGUCGGCGGCGAGUCAGACCACAUUCCAAGCAGACAGCGACGCAGCAGCAGCGCCACUCCGAGCGUGACUGCAGCAACAAUCGUGCAACCAAUGGCUGCUGCCACUGAAAGUUUGUUGCACUUGUCACGUGUCAGGCGCAGUGGCAGUGGCAGCGGCCGCGGCAGCGAGGACAACUUCAGCUCCGACUACAACAGCAGUGCAUUCGCAUUUAAUGUAACGGAAUUCUGUCAAAAUGUGACUUUUUAUAAAAACACCGCCUCCAGUCUGGGCAAGGAUCCGUUGUACUUGAACAUUUACAGUCUUUACUCGUUGGUGGUGUUUGUGCUGUUGCCGCUGCUGCUGCUGGCGACAUUCAAUUGUUUUCUCAUAUUGCUGGUGCAUCGCUCCAAGAGCGUCAGAGGCGAUCUAACCAAUGCCAGCAGCAUACGACGCACUAAGCGCAAAUCAAACUCUGGACUAACGGGCAGCGUAUCGCAGGAGAAUCGAGUGACUAUAACACUUAUAGCCGUGGUGCUGCUCUUCAUUGUCUGCCAACUACCUUGGGCCAUCUAUUUGCUGCUGCAGCAAUAUACGGAGAUUGAGCCGAACAUACAAAGAAUUGCAGGCAAUGUAUUCAAUUUGCUGGUGGCCAUCAAUGCGGCAGCGAAUUUUUUCUUAUAUUGCGUGCUGUCGGAUAAAUAUCGCAAGACGGUGCGUGAGCUAAUCACCGGCUAUCGUUAUCGUCAUCGGCAUGCACGCAAUAAUAUGAGUCUCUAUAUGCCGCAUACGACGACAACGCUGAAUGGCGGCGAUGGUGCCAGCACAGUGGGGCAAACUGCUAACUACGCUGGCUACAGUCGACGCUGUCGCAACAACAAGUCCGCAGCUGCGAAUCGUCUUAUUAAAUAAACAAACAUUUCUGUUUUUUUUUUGUUUUGUAUACAUUUAUAGCAUAUGUAUAACUAUUAUUUUGUUAUUUGUAUUAUGUGUAUGUGUACUCGUAUUGUAAGCCAAACUAUUUUGUAGCUUAAGCCUCCACAUAACCCAUCAAAAAGCAUAUUUUGUGCCAUUAUGUGAUGUUUAUAGUUUUUAUGCUAGUAGUUUAUCCCUAAACAUAACUGUUUGUUGUUUUCCAAUUGU